AUGGGGUUCCAAGAAGGUCGGAGGAGCUGCAGUGAUGAGGCUUCCUCUGUGGUGGUGACCUGGCUGCAAACUGAACAACUUUCAAGGCAGAAUGAAAGAGGAGAAGAGUGUUCAGGCUUGACGAAGACCAGAAAACGCAAAGGCUCCGCAUCUUUGGAGGGAGUGUUUUUGGGUACUGUAAUUGACAUAGAAAAUCCCUUUGGUGAAACGUUUGGAAAAAUACAAGAAAACGAAAAAAAUCUCAUGAUGAGCACAUUAUACAAGCUCCAUGAUCGGCUGGCACAGCUUGCAGGAGAUCAUGAAUGUGGCAGUUCUAGUCAAAGAACACUUUCUGUCCAAGAGGCAGCUGCAUAUUUAAAAGAUUUAGGUCCUGAAUAUGAAGAUGUAUUUAACACCUCACUGCAGUGGAUCCUAGAAAAUGGAAAAGAUGUUGGGAUAAGGUGUGUCGGUUUUGGCCCUGAGGAAGAACUGACAAAUGUCACAGAUGUGCAGUUUUUACAGUCCACAAGACCCCAGAGGUCUUUUUGGUGUCGCUUUCGACGUGCUUUCAUUACUGUAACUCAUAGGUUAUUGUUGUUAUGCUUAGGUGUAGUGAUGGUUUGUGUCGUUCUGCGUUACAUGAAAUACCGCUGGACAAAAGAGGAGGAGGAAACAAGGCAGAUGUAUGACAUGGUGGUAAAGAUUAUAGAUGUUUUACGAAGUCAUAAUGAAGCUUGCCAGGAAAACCAAGAUUUACAACCGUACCUACCUGUUCCACAUGUGCGUGAUUCCUUAAUACAGCCUCAUGACAGGAAAAAAAUGAAGACGGUCUGGGAUAGAGCCGUCGACUUCCUUGCCGCUAACGAGUCUCGAGUCCGCACGGAAACGCGAAGAAUGGGGGGUGCAGACUUUCUGGUCUGGCGCUGGAUUCAGCCUUCUGCGUCCUGUGACAAAAUCCUAGUCAUACCUUCGAAAGUAUGGCAAGGGCAAGCAUUUCAUUUAGACAGAAGAAAUUCACCACCAAAUAGUUUGACACCGUGUCUAAAGAUUCGAAAUAUGUUUGAUCCAAUUAUGGAAAUAGGGGAUCAGUGGCAUUUGGCAAUUCAAGAAGCAAUUUUAGAAAAAUGCAGUGAUAAUGAUGGCAUUGUUCACAUUGCAGUAGACAAAAACUCUCGCGAGGGUUGUGUGUAUGUUAAAUGUCUGUCUCCAGAAUAUGCUGGAAAGGCUUUCAAGGCAUUGCAUGGCUCUUGGUUCGAUGGGAAAUUGGUUACAGUAAAAUAUUUACGACUAGAUAGAUACCACCAUCGCUUUCCCCAAGCUCUUACUUGCAACAGCCCCUUGAAGCCAUCAAAUAAGCAUAUGAACUCUAUGUCUCACCUUCGUCUGCGGACUGGCCUAGCCAACUCUCAAGGAGCUUCCUGAAAAGCUUUUCUUCCUCUCCUAAGACUGUUACUGACAAUAGGAAAAUUCCUGUAUGGCUUUUCGUCUUCCUUUUUAAAUGCUUUUUGUAUGUAAUAUUUUUAUUGAUGAAUACAACUCUGUUUGAACGUUCCAGAAAUCUUAAGGUUCCAAAGGGAUUUAGCAGUGAGGCAGCAAUGCCGAGUAGCUAGAGUAAGUGUUCAUUCAGUUUUUGGAGCUCAGUUACGCCAACACAUUUACAGUUUUGCAUGAGGAACAUUGACUUUAUUAAGCAUUUUCAGAUACGGUGGUUGUAUUUUUGCACCAAGAAGUGUUUGGAUAACUACACAAAAGCAUGGUGAAGAGGCUUCUUGUACUUCCAUAAUUUUCUUGUGAACCAAUGUUGUGAAUUUCCGUAUACAGUCACCUGCAUAGUUCCUUACAGGCUAAUGUGGUAAAACUGUUAAUUUCCCUGUUUAACCUGAGGUUUCUGUUGCUUGUAAGAGCUUCAUUUGCUACAGCUGAAAUAUGGAAAAGUCAUUUGGGUUUCGUGGUUGCAUAUAUGUGUAAGUGGUUGUACAUGUACUUCAACUGGCUUUUGUAUAUAUGUAGAAAUGCUGGUGGUGGUGAAAGCGGUCUUGUUUUGUGAGGGUGUCUGCAUUAAAGCAGUAAAAUAAGCUUUCUGUUUUAUUCAUAAUCUAAUGUGUAUAUAGGUGUGUGUGUGUGUGUGUGUGUGUGUACAUGCACACACACACACGAACACACACGGCUGUCCUAUCACGUAGAUCAAACAGCCCAAACACCUGGAAGUAUUAGAUACAAGUUUAAAAUAUCUUUUAUAGGUUUUAUAUAAAAAUGUCUGGGUAUGAUUUUGUGUGAAAGUUCCGACACCAGUUGUAAUGGAUUCAAAUUUAUGUGAGCAAUAAAGAAGAAAUUGGCAGAUAGUGGAAAAAUAUUUUGUGAAAAACUGUAUUUAUUUUAAAUACUAGGGCUGUGACAUAGUACCAUUGGGAUUAAGUCAUUUUCCCAAUCUAUUUAUAAUUUAAUGAAAUGCUAGUGCCCCUGUUGUAUGUCAGGUUUCAAGCAGGGCACGUUGUUGCAGCAAAAUAUGUAUUUGACAAAUUAUACUUGUAAUUUUGGGUCAUGAAAGUUUGCAAUAUAGUAAAUGCACGAGUGACCGUUGCUUUGUGCCUCAGUAUUUAAUUUGUUUCCAUAAUGUUUAUGAUUUCAGAUUAAAAUAGUUGCUGAGCAGAGUUUACUUGUAAUCUGACAUUUGGCCUUUUAAAAACAACCUGUUGCUAUAUCAUUGUCAGUCUAAAUGAACAUGUGAAACAGCUGGAAUUGUACCAAUUUUGAUUUUGUUGAAAACUCAGUUUCCUUUUCGUUUUAUUGUACGUGUGUUGGGUUUGCAGCAUGAACUUGCACAGAUACUGCACGUUUUCUGGUUACGUAAACAUGAUGCACACUAUUCUGUAACAGAAAGCCCUACUGUGCCUUACCUAUGUGCUUUUGUGGGCACCAUGUUUAUGAAGAAUAAAAUACGAUUUGUUAUCUGAAGAGAAUACAUUUUAAAUUCUCAGUUUAUGUCUCAGAUGCUAAUGUGUGAAAAUAUAAAUAUAUAUAAUAUAUAAAGUAACCAAUCUUUCUGUAUUUUAUGUGCAUCACAGUGAUUUAUCUGAGCUUAGUGACCCCAUCUUGUAACCUGUUGCAAGAGUGAAUGUAAAAAAUAGUUGUGGCAUUUUAAAAGGUCGCCUUUCAAUGCAGAUGCAUCUUUUUCUUGCUUCUAAAACAUACUUCAUGUAAACAUUGUACAUUUAUUAUUAUUGUAAUAUAUACGAUUAUGCAGUUUAUUUUACCUGAAACUGUUAAGCCGACCAAGAUCCCUCCCUGCAAGACAGAUGGGAAUGUGUAUAAUAACUAGGUAUUUGAGAAGUUCUGAAGUUUGAUGUAAUCUGUUACUUGUCCUGUUAAAAAAAAAAAAAGGAAAAAAUUCUAAUUAAAAAUUUAUUAGGUUUUUUUUUAA